ACGCCAGCCCUGGGUACAGUUCAGUGCAAGCUACUGCUGCCUAACAACGGUCAACCAGCGCGUCACACAAAGUUCAACCACGUAGUCAGUGAUGGAUUACUAUUACAGCCUCAUUUCACCGCCCUGCCAGAGCGCAAUCCUGGUUGCCAAGAAGCUGGGCAUUACGCUGAACCUGAAGAAAACGAACGUGCACGAUCCGGUUGAACGUGAUGCAUUGACUAAGCUUAAUCCGCAACAUACCAUCCCCACGCUGGUGGACAAUGGGCACGUCGUGUGGGAAUCGUACGCGAUCGUGACGUAUCUGGUGGAGGUGUACGGCAAGGAUGACACGCUCUACCCGAAGGACCCGAAGGUGCGGUCCGUCGUGAACCAGCGGCUCUUCUUCGACAUUGGCACGCUGUACAAGCAAAUCAUCGACAUUAUCCAUCUGGUUGUGAAGAAGGAGCAACCGACCGACGAGCAGAUGGAGAAGCUGAAGAAAGCGAUGGAUCUGCUGGAGCACUUCCUUACCGAACGAUCGUACGCGGCCGCCGAUCACCUGACGGUGGCAGACAUCUGUCUGCUCGGCAGUGUGACCGCACUGAACUGGCUGAAGUACGAUCUCGAACCGUUCCCGCACAUUAAGGGAUGGGUGGCGCGUGUGACCGGGGAAAUUCCGGACUACGCCGAGUUCCGGAAAGACGUGGAGGAAGCUACCAAAGCGUACGUCGCUAGCAAAAAGUGAUGGAAAGGAAUGGGAAGCCGAGAAUAGUUGGGAGGGAACAGUGCAAGGGAUUGAAAGUGUAACUGCAUUAGCAACACUCAAGUGGUAGACUAUUGUGUCAGGGAUGAAAGGUGAUAAAUGAAUUAAAGUAUUAAGUGCACUUUCGUGUCACCCAUGAGUCCACAUUUUCGUUCAACCUAAAUAUAUGUAAUCUAAUCUAA